AUGCGACGACGAAGUCAAUGCGCUUCUGGCACGAUCAACGCAGCGACCAAAAAAUCCAGCGGCGCCGACAAGAAGGACAAAGUCGAAGAAGGCGGACUUAUUGUCCGCGAAAUGGACAUGCAGACGCUCAAGCGGCACGUGGAAAGAACCACGAACUGCGAGAAGCAAAAAGAGAAGGUGGUCGUGGAAGAUCGUCGAAGCAGCUUGGCUGCAGCUAUUGAGGUGGACAGUGAGCGUGAGCAAGCAGCUCGCGAAAGGAACUCGAAUUCAAGACGGAGCGCGAUCAUCGACUGGCGCUGGCGCGCAUCGAAAGAUUACGAAUUUGUUGCGAGCCGUCCUUGA